UAUUUGAGUACAAGAAAACUUAGUACAUAUAUAUAUAUAGAUCAAACUAACAUGAGUGAGCUACCAGAAUCCACCUUAUAUAGGGUUCAGGUGGACGCGGCGAAACUGCCUGUAAGUAGUUACAGGCGCCGAGGUUUAACCUACGCCACCUUCCAACCCUUCGAGGUACUAGAUGACGCUGCUGAUUUGAGUAACAAUCAGUUGAACUGGACAAACCUGUUCCUUUGGAACAAGUUUGGCAAGAGUUUGAGCGCUGCAGAUGCGGAAGCUGCGAAAAAUAUAAUGACAAUAAAAACAGUGGACGACAUAACGCUUGCCCAGGUGAAGAAGAUGGGGAAAACUCUGUCCGAUGAGUUUUUGGAGGUGAAGAAAAUUAUCGAAGAAAUGAAAGUCUCUUCUGACGAUGAUCUCACCAAACUUCAAACUGCUGUUCGCAACGUUCUUCACAGCAACAACUAUGAAGCUAAAUUCUAUAAGAUUGAGACUAGACUUGACAGUCUGGAGAAAUCUGUUGAGGAUAUCAGCAAUCUCACUAGACAGAUUGCUCUCAGGUUUGGAAUUGAAUCUUAAAGAUCGAUGUUCUGUACUAGUACGCCGCCUUUUUGUUUAUAUGUCAAUAAUGCAUGGGCGAGCCUAUUUCCAUUUAGGUACUUCUGUAUUAUAUUGUACUCUUUAUUUUUCGGUUUUAUGAAAAACAAUAAUAUGG